AUGCACUGCUUGGGGAUGGCCUUUGCAGCCGUGCUGCUCCUGGCUGUCCUGGCUUCUUAUCAUGGAUUCAACUUGGAUGUGGAGGAGCCCAUGGUUUUCCAAGAGGAUGCAGCCGGCUUUGGGCAGAGCGUGGUCCAGUUUGGCAGAUCUAGGCUCGUGGUGGGAGCCCCCCUGGAGGUGGUCGCAGACAACCAAACGGGACGUUUGUAUGAUUGCAUGGUGACCACCGGCCUGUGUCGGCCCAUCUCGCUGAGCACCCCCCUAGAGGCCGUGAACAUGUCCUUGGGCCUGUCCCUGGCAGCCUCCACCAAUCCCUCCAGGCUGCUGGCCUGCGGCCCGACCACGCACAGAGCCUGCGGGGAGAACAUGUAUGUAGAAGGUGCUUGCCUCCUGCUGGGCUCCCAGCUGCAGAUCAUCCAGACAGUCCCCGCCACCCUGCCAGAGUGUCCGAAUCAGGAGAUGGACAUUGUUUUCCUGAUUGACGGCUCUGGCAGCAUUAACAAAAAUGACUUUAAACGGAUGAAGAACUUUGUCAGAGCUGUGAUGGAUCAGUUCAAGGACACUGACACAUUGUUCUCGCUGAUGCAAUACUCAAACCAACUGAGGACCCACUUCAACUUCGGCCAAUUUCAGACCAGCCGGAGCCCUCAGAGCCUGGUGGAUCCCAUUGGCCAACUGACUGGGUGGACGUUCACAGCCACAGGCAUCCAAGCAGUGGUGAAAGAACUAUUUCACAGUAAGAACGGGGCCCGUAAUAGUGCCAAGAAGAUCCUCAUCGUCAUCACAGAUGGGCAGAAGUAUAAAGACCCCCUGCAGUACAGCGACGUCAUCCCCCAGGCAGACAGUGCCAAUGUCAUCCGCUAUGCCAUCGGGGUGGGAGAUGCUUUCCAGCACCCCGCUGCCAGGAAGGAGCUGAACGUCAUCGGCUCAGUGCCUUCGGAGGACCACGUGUUCCAGGUGGACAACUUUGCAGCCCUCAGCAGCAUCCAGAAGCGGCUGCAGGAGAAGAUCUUUGCCGUCGAGGGAACGCAGUCAAGGACCAGUAGCUCCUUCCAGCAUGAGAUGUCUCAAGAAGGCUUCAGUUCCAUCCUCACAACGGAUGGACCAGUUCUGGGGGCUGUGGGGAGCUUCAGCUGGUCUGGAGGUGCCUUCUUGUACCCCCCAAAUACAAGCCCCACCUUCAUCAACAUGUCUCAGGAGCACGUGGACAUGAGGGACUCUUACCUGGGUUACUCUGCAGAGCUGGCCAUUUGGAAGGGGGUACAGAGCCUGGUCCUGGGGGCCCCCCGCCAUGAGCACACCGGGAAGGCUGUCAUCUUCACACAGGUGUCCAGGCAGUGGAGGCCAAGGGCUGAAGUCACAGGGACCCAGAUCGGCUCCUACUUCGGGGCCUCCCUCUGCUCCGUGGAUGUGGACAGAGAUGGCAGAUCUGACCUGGUCCUCAUCGGGGCCCCUCAUUACUACGAGCAGACCCGGGGGGGCCAGGUGUCCGUGUGCCCCUUGCCUCAAGGGAGGGCUAAGUGGCAGUGUGGUGCUGUCCUGCGAGGGGAGCAAGGCCACCCCUGGAGCCGCUUUGGGGCAGCGCUGACGGUGCUGGGGGAUGUGAAUGGGGACAGGCUGACGGACGUGGCCAUCGGGGCCCCUGGAGAGCAGGAGAACCGGGGUGCUGUGUACCUGUUUCACGGAACCUCAGGAGUGGGCAUCAGUGCCUCCCACAGCCAGCGGAUCGCAGGCUCCCAGCUCUCCCCCAGCCUCCAGUAUUUUGGGCAUUCGUUGAGCGGGGGUCAGGACCUCACCCAGGAUGGACUGGUGGACCUGGCCGUGGGGGCCCGGGGACACGUGCUGCUGAUCAGGAGCUUGCCAGUGCUGACCGUGGAGGUGGCUAUGAGAUUCACGCCCCCGGAGGUGACAAAGGCUGUGUACCAGUGCUGGGAAGACCUGCCCCUGGAAGCUGGGGACGCCACAGUCUGUCUCACUAUCCACAAAGUCUCACACGACCAAUUAGGUGACGUCCAAAGCUCUGUCAGGUACGAUCUGGCAUUGGAUCCAGGUCGUCUGAUUUCUCGUGCCAUUUUUAAUGAGACCAAGAAAUGGACUCUGACUCGAAGAAAAACCGUGGGGCUGGGGGAGCACUGUGACACCAUGGAGCUGCUUUUACCAGACUGCGUGGAGGACGUGGUGAACCCCAUCAUCCUGCGACUCAACGUCUCCCUGGUUGGGGAGCCCAUCUACUUCUCUCAGAACCUUCGCCCUGUGCUGGCUGUGGGCUCACAGGACCUCUUCACCGCUUCCCUCCCCUUUGAGAAGAACUGUGGGCAAGAUCACCUCUGUGAAGGGGACCUGGGUAUCAGCCUCAGCUUCUCAAGCCUGGACACCCUGGUGGUGGGGAGCUCCCUGGAGCUCAAUGUGACAGUGACCGUGUGGAAUGAGGGCGAGGAUUCCUACAGAACUGUGAUCAGCUUCUACUAUCCAGCAGGGCUGUCCUAUCGACGAAUGUUAGCAAUCCAGCAACCCCAUCAGCGUCCCCUGCGCCUGGCAUGUGAGGCAGUGCCCACUGGGAACGAGGGCCUGAAGAGCAGCAGCUGUAGCAUCAACCACCCCAUCUUCCAAGAGGGCACUGAGGGCACCUUCAUAGUCAUAUUUGAUGUCUCCUACAAGGCCACCUUAGGAGACAAGUUGCUUUUGAGGGCCAAUGCAAGCAGUGAAAAUAAUAAGCCUUCAUCCAACAAGACUACCUUCCAUCUGGAGCUCCCUGUGAAAUAUUCUGUCUACACAGUGAUCAGCAGGCAGGAAGAAUCCACCAAGUACUUAAAUUUUUCAGCUUCUGACCAGAAGAGCAGAAAAGCCGAGCAUCGAUAUCGUGUGAAUAACCUGAGUCAGCGAGAUCUGGCCGUCAGCAUUCAUUUCUGGGUCCCCGUCCGGCUGAACGGUGUGGCUGUGUGGGAUGUGGCUGUGGUGGCCCCUCCACAGAGUCUCCCCUGUGUGUCAGAGAGGGAACCUCCCCAGCAACCUGACUUCCAGACCCAGAUUCCAAGCAGCCUCAUGCUGAACUGCUCCGUUGCUGACUGCCUGAGGUUCCGCUGUGACAUCCCCUCCUUCGGGGUCCAGGAGGAACUUGACUUCAUCCUGAAGGGCAACCUCAGCUUUGGCUGGGCCAGCCAGUUGUUGCAGAAGAAGACAUUGGUCGUGAGUGUGGCUGAAAUCAUGUUCAACAGAUCUGUGUAUUCCCAGAUUUCAGGACAGGAGGCAUUUUUGAGAGCCCAGGUGGAGAUGGUGCUAGAAGAGUAUGAGGUCUACAACCCCCUCCCCCUCAUUGUGAGCAGCUCUGUGGGAGGACUGCUGCUGUUGGCGCUCAUCACAGCUACACUGUACAAGUGUGGCUUCUUCAAACGUCAGUACAAAGAAAUGAUGGAUGACAAGCCUGAAAACACUGCCACAUUCGAUGGGGAGGAUGUCAACUGUGAGGACCCCAAUCAGCCUUUGUCCUAGUAAUCCACUUUCCCGUUUAUCUCUACCCCCACGGGCUGAUCUUGACCUAACCUACAAAUUGACUUCCAUGGGAAUAACUUCUGCCUAGAUCUGGACUGGCCUGAGCGACUUACCAGGUGCUAAGUCAUCUUCCCAAGGCGUUGAAAGGUUUUUUUGUAUUUUUACAAAUUUGCCAGACUGCUUCAGUGAUGACCCACUUUUUACACAAGUGGGCAUGAUGCCAGCAUGAAUUCUCAUACGUAUUAGAAUUGUCACAUUAAAUGAGGAUGUUUAUAACACAAUUUCCUUGUAUGGAAGACGUCUA